AUGCGGCAGAAUUCACAACGAAGUUUGAGUAUGAAUGCAAUUGAAGUCGACAUGAAUCACUGUCAAGAACUAUCGACGGAACUGCGCAAAAUUGUAGAAAAGGUGUAUCACAACUUGGAAUUGGUUAAAAAUCGGAGCAAUAAAGAUAUGGAGCGAUCCGUCAAAGUUGAAGGAAUCCUGAAUAAUUUGAAAUUAAUUGAAAAUGAGAUUCAAUUGCUUUUGCCACAUUUGGAAGACGUUGAUAAUUACGAAUCAGUAAGUGGAUAUGCGGUUAGUGUACGCACUGGAAGGUCUCGGACAUUAUCCGUUUUAUCAGAUGACUCAUUCCAAUCGGCGGUGGAAGAAUUCACAACAGAAAUCGACGAUGUUGAUUUAUCCAACGAUGCUGCAAAGCUGAAUAAAGAAGAUUUAUUGUUCCUUCAAGAAGGAAUGAAUGCUGCGUUGAAUGGAGAUGUGAAAUAUCGAAAAAGUCGUGCUGAGUUUUGUAAUUGUGAGAGCGAAUUGGAUUUCGCUGCCAAACUUUACUGCAUUCGUCGUGCUCUCGAUCACACACUUGAAGAUGAGCAUAAACGAGUUUGGCUUGCGAAAUGUGGCAGAGCGCUUUUGGCAGACUUCAUCCGACACACGAAACAAGACCCCAUGAAAUUCUACGUCGUUUAUGAUGACAUGCUGGAGUUUGCGUCGUCUGAAAAGAAUCUUGAUUUGCUCCAACAAGAUGUUUCCUCUAGAGGAGUAACCCAUUUUGGAUUUUACGACAUUGUUAUUGAUUUCAUUAUUCUCGAUGCGUUCGAGGAUCUUAAAUCACCACCUUCUGCAAUUUAUUCAGUCACAAAAAAUUACUUCAUGUCCAAUUCUAUGAAAUAUUCGACAUUGAAUACAAUUAUUUGGUCGAUUAUCAAAUCAAAACGACAGAGAUUACAGAAUCCUGAUGGCUUCAUCGCAAAAUUCUACAGUUUAUCGGAAUGCGUCAUGCCUGCUAUUACAUUAGGAUUCCUCGGAACUGAUGAGCGACUCGGUGAACUAUGCCAAUAUUUUAAGGAACAAAUCGUUCAAAUCGUUCUUGAUAUGUUCAAUACGCAAAAAGUUUGCUACCGCUCGCUUGAGGAAAUGUCGGAAGAUGUGUGGAUUGUGAUGCGCAAUCGACUAGAAGCUGUCCAAACACGAUUGAGCAACGAGCUUCUGCCUGCUUAA